AUGGCAACUUUUUCAAACGCCUCUGAUGCCUUUUACGACGAUCUCUCCGGCACCUCGCCGAGAGCCUUUCGGAACGCGCAACUAAGUCGCCCGAACGCCAGGAACGACGGUUACGGAAACAUGGGACCAUCAAUGUUUGGGAAUGAAGGUUCCUUGCCGACAAUGCGCUUCGAUAAUGUUCGAGAUGGAUUCGGUGGCCCAAUGCAGAAUCAUGGCGUCGCAAACGUCCACUUUCCAUAUGAUGCAGGCGCCGCACAAACUUGGAGUUCGAAUGGCGGACCUCAUCCGCAGUCCUUUGGAGGUGGUAUGGGCGGAAUGCCGCAGAAUACGAACAACUACGGACCAUCGCGAAGCGUGAAACCAAGUCGGGGUCGCGUGGGCCUUUCAAACCUUUGGGUCGACCAACCCCCUGCUCAGAUGCAACAGCAGCACUCCACGAUUGUCGGCCAUCGGUCAGGAUUUCAAGGCCGGAACGACCAGCACGAUGACGAUGACGAAUUGAUACCGACAGCAAUUGUCAUUAAAAACAUUCCCUUUGCCGUAAAGAAGGAGCAGCUUGUCCAACUAAUGGUCGACAUGAGCUUGCCAUUGCCGUAUGCGUUUAACUACCACUUUGAUAACGGGGUUUUCCGUGGCCUUGCUUUUGCCAACUUCACGUCGCCGCAAGAGACGGAACAGGUCAUUCAAGCGCUCAACCACAUGGAUCUCAGUGGUCGGAAGUUGCGUGUCGAAUACAAGAAGAUGCUUCCUCUUGCCGAGCGAGAGCGGAUUGAGAGAGAAAAGCGUGAGCGCCGUGGCCAACUCGAAGAGCAACAUCGACCUCUGCCGCAGUCACAACUUCACAAUCAAGUUUCGAUGUCGUCAAUCUCGCGGAACACUCCUUCACCGUUGUCACACCGCGGUUCCAAACCUGAUGUAGACAUGAACGACCCAAAAACACUCGAGUUUUACACCGAAAUGACCCUGUUCAAGCGCGACCCUACCCGUGAAGUUCUCAUCUUCCCGCCGACCCUGGAGCCGCCCCACCGCCGCGUCGUACACACCCUCGCACACCAUAUGGGUUUGAUGCACACCUCCCGUGGUACUGGGGAUCAGAGACAAGUUCACAUCCAUCGACCUGCCCCUGGCACCAACGUGAGUCCGCCAACUCUGGCAGGAGGCUUCGUUUCAAACGACGGCCUGCGCCAGACUCUAGGCAGGUCUUCUACGGCCGACUUCAGUGACGGGGGAAGACACUAUGAUGGUCCGCAGUUCAACACCUUGCGAGGUCAAUCUUCCGUCGGUCUAUUAGAUGUGAUGGAUUCCAAUGCUUUCGGCCGUGCAACUGACAGCAACCUUCGCAAUGCAAAGUCCUUCGCCGACCUGCGGUCCUGGAGUCCUUCGCCGGUUCCUUCGUCGGCCAGCUUCCCGGCAGCUCUGCAAACCAACGGCGCACGUCUCCAAGCCCUCAAUGACACAGCAGGCUCUAGUACUCCGACCUUGACCCCCACCGCCGUGCCUUCUGCUUCCACCGCGAACAGAGAUGAACCGUUCCUGAUUUCCUCCUUUUCGAACCUUUCCAUGGGUAACAACGCCGGUUCUCAAACCAGCCCUCGGCGUCAACGCAGCUUUUUCAGAAACGGAGCAGAAUGGAACGACAACUCGACUACAUACCAACCCGCCGCCCCCAUUGGCAGUAAAAGAACGGUCAGCAUUGGGCCUGAGAAUUCCGCUCAGAACGCCAACCCAAUGCGCCAAGCUCGGGGACCUGGUUCCAACAACACCAUUGGAUUUCGCCGACAGAAUGGACGGGGCAGCGACGAAUUAAGAGCCGCGGCAUCAGCAAUCGCCGAAUGA